AUGAUGCCAAUCGAUGGUCGCCUUGUAGAUAACUAUGUCGCACGGACGCGUCCAGAUCUGCACAAUAUGCUCAACACUCUCGGCCAGCACAUCAGAAGCGAACUGACCCUGGAAAACGCUCGACUUGAGGAGCGAGUUUCAACAUUGCAAGGCCAGCUGGUAUCCGUAGACACACAGCUUAGCGGUACAAAGUUAAAGCUUGACGAGGCGAAUUCAAAAAUCGCCGAUAUGGAUGGGAAACUUGUUGAUGCACAUACGAAAGUCGAUGAGAUGGAAAACGAGCUUCAGGAGUUGCGGAGAAGCAAUGCGGAAAUGAAGAGGGAGCUUGAACAGGCCAAGAAAAGAUGGCGAGGUAUAGUAUUACCUGGCUAUCACGAAAUGGAAUUGGAGCGCGAAAAACUUCGCCGGAAGCUGGAAAAAAAGGAGGACGAGGUGGUGUUUUACAAGCUGAAGACGAAAGCAGCCAGGAAGUUGGUGAAAAAGGCAGCAUAUGUCUUGAAGGAAGAUGACGUUGUGGUCUAUCGUCGACCGGGAUCUCGUUCGAGUGUGUCGUCCGAGUCCUCCUGUUAUUUGCAGUAUGCUAGGCGACGGAUAUGA